GCAAGACUGACACCAGAGCAGCCUCACAGAACUCAGCUGGACCAUGACGGACCGACUCUCAGCCGAUCAGAUCAAGGAAUACAAAGGUGUCUUCGAGAUGUUUGAUGAGGAGGGCAACGGAUUGGUGAAGACCAGUGAGCUGGAGAGACUAAUGAGCCUACUGGGCAUCAACCCUACCAAGAGCGAACUGGGGAGCAUGGCCAAGGAAGUGGACAAGGACAACAAAGGCACCUUUAACUGUGAUGGCUUCUUGUCACUGAUGGGCGUUUAUCACGAGAAGGCCAAAAACCAAGAUGUAGAACUGAGGGCGGCAUUCAAGGUCUUUGACAAGGAGGCCAAAGGUUACAUAGACUGGGACACACUCAAGUACGUGCUCAUGAACGCGGGGGAACCUCUUAAUGAGGUGGAGGCUGAGCAGAUGAUGAAGGAGGCUGACAAAGAUGGAGAUGGAACCAUUGACUACGAGGAGUUUGUGGCCAUGAUGACUGGAGAAUCCUUUAAACUGGUCCAGUGAGGAUGCAUGGAUGGAUGGAUGGAUGGAUGGCCUGAGUCCUGAUUGAUCAACACAGUAUACUCUCCGCCCCACCCCCA